ACAAGAGAAAACAGAAACAUUUGAGGCAGACGAGGGAGCGCACGCCUUUGCAAACCCAAAGCAAGCUUCACAUGAAGACCUAAAUGCUGCCUAACCAGCCUGCAAAGAACGAAUGUGGAUACACCUUAAUAUGCUAAUGACUUGUGAAAGGAUUUUAAAGACGGCGGGAGAUGUAAUUUGGACUGCCGCGUGACGGCCCGGUGACGACGGGACACCUGCAGUCGGGGGGGGGGGGAGGCGGACGACCCGAGAGCCAAGGUCCCGGCAGAACUCCCUCCGGAUUUAUCUCUCUUUUUUAUUUUCUAACUACCAUCAUUCAGUCUUUUUCUUUUUUCUAUCCCCCUUCUACAAACCGAGACUGGCUGACGUUUAAAUUUCACGCCCUGGACAGAGGAGACAGAGGUGCUCGAUUGAAGAAACUUUGGAGAGACGGGGCGGGGGGGAGGAGAAAAUAAAAAGUUAAUACAGAAGGGAAGGGUGUGCUGCUAGCGGAACCGUUUUUCGGGGGGGGGGGAGGUUUAAAAUGGAAACUCUCUCUCAAGACUCCAUCUUGGAAUGCCAGAUCUGUUUCAACUACUACAGCCCCCGGCGCCGGCCCAAGCUGCUGGACUGCAGGCACACCUGCUGCUCGGUGUGCCUGACCCAGAUGAGGACCAGCCAGAAGGAGAUCCGCUGCCCCUGGUGCCGGGGCGUCACCAAGCUGCCCCCCGGCCUGUCCGUGUCCCAGCUGCCGGACGACCCGGACAUCGUCACCGUCAUCGCCAUCCCCCACGCCUCCGAGCACACGCCCGUCUUCAUCCGGCUGCCUAGCAACGGCUGCUACAUGCUGCCCCUGCCCGUGGCCAAGGAGCGGGCGCUGUUGCCGGGCGACCUGGGCUGCCGGCUCCUGGCGGCCGGGCAGCAGAAGGGCGUGGCCGUGGUGGCGGUGCCCGAGCAGCAGCCCCUGGGGGUGGGGCUGGAGAUGGGCGACGGGGAGGGGCCGGAGAGGCGGGUGGGGGCGGGGGGCAAGGGCUCCACCUGGUCGGGGGUGUGCACGGUCAUCCUGGUGGCCUGCGUCCUCCUCUUCCUCCUGGGCAUCGUCCUGCACAACAUGUCCUGCAUCUCCAAGCGCUUCACCGUCAUCUCCUGUGGCUGAGCGGGACCUGUUUUGGGCUGGGAUGGGGGUUGCCCCGCCCCACCCUGUCUCUACAGCCCUGUCCCCUGGGCCCCGCCUUUUCCAUCCUCGGGCGGGUCACCACCAAUCGAAAAACGGAAAACAAUGCACACAAGAAUAAACGGACACAAGUAAAAAGGGGUUUUUGCGCAUGUGUGGAGGAUUGGUGGAAGUUUACUGGGCAAAACCGGGGGACUGAGCUCACUACGAGAGAGCUGGGGGGGGUACAGGCAAUAACACAAGAUACUCCAGCCCCCCCCCCCCAAUAUUACUCACAAAAAACCCUCCACACAUCCCGUCCUGUAGAAAGGGUCUUUGGGGUGCUGAUUGUGUGGGGGUUCCCAUGGUGCACCACUGCUGGUAUGCCUACGUCCUGUGGUCAGUAGAUUAAAUGCAUUCUUUAGCUAGCUGUCAGAGUUGAGCGAUUGUCUCCCUGCGACCAGCAGGUGGCGCUGUCAUCAAGUCUCUGAAUGUGGCUUUCUAUUGUGAUCGGUGCUGCAGUGUCUGAAUAUUUAGAAUCAAACUUCUAGCCAAGUGUUGUUCCUUAGGGGAUUAAUCAAUGCUGAUCUUAUCGUCUCUUACGUUUUUCUUUCUCUGAUCCCAUUUGUACAAAGACUUGUUGAUGUUUGCUUACACGUACCUUUUUUACUACCAUAAAACACUGGUCACGGUGGUUACUCUUCUGUGAUAACAGGGAAGCUCGUAGUUGUUAAAUCGUUUGUUAACUACCAGCAUUUUCAGAAAGGAAGCACAGGUUUUAAAAGGCCACCUUAGAGUCACUCAUAAUGAAAAAGUACAUUAUCCUCAACUAGGUGGAAAAAGUACAUUAUCCUCAAAUAGUUGUGGAUCCAUUGUUGCGAUGACUGUUUUGGGAAACCAGCACUCCCCCCACACCAGUACCCCCUUUGUGUUUGCUUGUCCUCUUUUUUUAAUAUUUUAAAGGGGAUGGGGGAGGGGGCAGGGAGUUUCAAGCAUUUGAUUGACGAUCAGCUGUUUAAAAAAAAAAAAAAAAAAAAACGAGAAAAAAAGACGACAGCUUGAUUGACGGCGAGCAUCUUGCGUCGUCUUUAUUUUGUGCCAAACGAUUUUUUGCCGGAUGAAAGCAAUUCAUCGCGCACAGGACAGGGUCGAACUACUUUAUACAUGUUAAAAGAAACAAACAAAAAAAAGAUUGUAUUGUUGUUGUUAUUGUUGUUGUUGCCGUUGCUGCUGUUGUUGUGAUUUACUCGUUUCGGUCCACUGUGUUUUUAUUUUCUCUCUCUCUCAGUGAAACCGGAGGGCUCUGGCGGAACGGGGAGUCAGACCUCUUGCAUGACUGACUGCUGUAGAUUGCGUGUGGAAAAAGACGCCUAAAUAUGCCAACAGGGUAAACUUAAACGCCAUGGGGGAGGGCUUCAGUACUUUUUAUGGGGCUUUGUGGGGUGGGGUGGGGGGCGAAGGGUUUUGGGUUAAGGGUAAUUACACGUGAGCGAGUUUCUGUCUCUAGCAAUACACGCUGUGUCCUUUUGGACGGCUGACCGAGGAACGACCCUCCCCCCUUUCUGUUUCGCCCGGGGGUUCCGGGACGUCCCCCGUACGGUCGUGCCUGGGGGACGGACGAAAAGCUUUAGUUCACGGCCUGAAAGCACUGUACUCAACUGGCAGUCUGUGUGCUCGCGCUGAAAUUGGGAGAGGCGUGAAGGUUCCCUUUCAGCGCUGGCCACUGGUGCUGCUUUUUUUUUUUUUGUUGAUCAGCUGGACCCCGAUUGGGUGGGGGGAUCACGCACCGACUCGCCCGAUUGGUUCUUUUUUUUUUCUUCUUCUGAGGCUCUUAAAUGUUGUGAAGGUGUGUAUGUGCUGGCACAUUUACGGUUGCGAAAAAAAAUUAAUCGAAAAUUGUGGUCCCACCUGACAAGAGAGGAUACAAAAUCUGCAUUUAGAUUUGCUUCUAAAUUUCAAAUUUUGCUUCUCUGUCAUAUUCCAUUUUUAAUGGCUGCCCCACUGUUCCCAUUUUUAAUGAAAAAAGGUGAAAUUUGGCCGACCACUGACUGUAGUGGUGUUCCUUAUAAUGGAAACGCUUAACGCUGUUGAUGGAUGUGUUGGUAUUGAUGUGAACUCUGGGGUAGUUACGACUUCUCACGACAAAAACGAUGCCGCGUCCGCUGGAUAAGUUUGGAAGGAGCUGUCAUUGUUCUGAUGCGACAGUUUCCUAUGUGCUGGCUUCUUAUCCAGCUUGUUUUUUUUAAUCAUUUUAUUUUGUAUUUCGUAAAUGUUCAGUGUUUUUUUAUAAAAAAAAUAGUUAAUUGGGAAACUGCAAUAGGAAUGAUUUCUUCAUCCGGAGAGGCAGCUUGGAUUGGGCUGCUGGGGGUUGUCCUGUCAGGGUCCGUUACAGUCGCGGUCUCCCCCCCCCCCCCCCCCCCCCUUCGUGAAAUGAAAUGUACUCCGGGAACGUUUUAGUGGACACACGUUCUGCCGUAACCCUGGUUACCGAGAUAAUAAUUCGUCGGCUGGAAAAUGACAUGCUUUAAUUCGGCUGAGCUAUCUCUCUCUCUCUCUCUCUCCCUCUUUCUCUCUCCCUCUCCCUCUCUCUCUCUCUCUCUCUCUCUCCCUGGCUGUCAGGGUUCCACAUUUGAAUACUGCAUAAUGGAAGAGAGAGAGAAGAGCUUCCAGUUUGUCUGUGAUGGAGGAAACGGGGGGGUGUUGAAUUCGCAGGCUCAAUAAACGCGUGAUGUAGGAGCUCGCGGCUCGCUGGGCUCGACAGAAUUCUGUCCUUAUUUUUUUUCAUGAAAUUCAAUAAACUAAAUGUCCUUUUUUUUUAAUUAAAAAAGAAAACACGAAAAAAAAAGCUUUAAUUGAUUCAGAUUUUGUCGCGUUAGUUGUUUACUAUGUUUAAAUAGUGUCCUGCCAAUCCUUGUUACCAUGCUCUAACAAGGGAUUUCUGUGCAAAAAAUGUACAGUUACAACCCCCCCCCCCCCCCGAUAGCACCACCACAGACACCUAUUUUUAACAGGGUCAAGUUAACAUUUUCAGCUAUUGUCUACGUUAGCCAAGGAGCAUGUCAUUUUUUUAUUCUACAUCCCAUUGGUUUACGCUCUUCUUUUUGAAGCUGAUUGGUCGCUUCCUAACAAACAGUUGCAGGCAGUGAGCAACUUUUUGAAGUGCAGGUGGUGUACUAGGUUUCCGACCAAUCGCCUUGCAGUAAAUUUAUGGGCAUGAGAAGCUGUGUUCCUCCCGGGGCUGCGGAGAGCAAUUCAGUCAGUUCAGGAAAUUGAUUUUAAAU